UUCUGUCGGAACUAUUCCCAACUGAAGGCUUCAUAAUUAACAUUUUCUAUAUUUCUAUUAAUAUCGAUGAUACUCUCAACAAAGAAAUUGUUUAACUUGUUUGCAAUUUCAGUACUAUUUCUAUAUAUUUUGCGGUUGAUUAUAACUUCUUUGAUGUUUUCUUUGUGAUCUGUAUUAUUGACGAUAUUCUUCAAAUGUUUCCACAUUAAACGACUAUCACCUCUAUUAAUUUCCACCUUGUAUUCCAUAUAUUGUUUUUUUUUAAUUUUAAUCAUUUUUUAUACAUUUUAUUUAUUUUGUUGUAUUCUACUCAAUGACCAGUGAUCGCUGCCCUUUGGUAUAACUUGAAUUUUUCUUUAUUAGUUUCAGUCAAUUGUCUGUCAUACCAUUUAUUUUUGAUUUUGACCCGCUCAAACAAUGGUUAAUAUGUUCGAGCAUACCAUCUGGACUGAGACUAUUCAGGUCAGCGGAGGUGCAUUUUCUCAAAAGAUUUAUGAGGUUGUCUUUGCUGUACCCAUCCCACGAAGUUAUUUCAAACAGUUUAUUGAUAGGGCCUUGUUUUUUUAUAUCGCAUUUGAACAUCAUAGUUUCGUGAUCCGAUAUUCUAUGUUCCUCCGCUUUUUCACAUGAAACUUCCUUAGCGUUGGAGUACAAUAAGUCGGUCAGUGUUAGGGAAUAAUCAGUAACCCUAGUAUUAAAGUUAAUUAACUGUUUCAUUGCCUGAUGGGCGAAUAUCUCAUUCAGUUUCUUACUAUAUGUCGACAUUAUAUUCAGGUUUAUAUUAAAAUCUCCGAUAAUAAUGGUAUUUACCAUGUUAUCGCAUAUUUCCGACAAAAUGGUCUCCAUAUAUGCUAGAAAAUCAGCAUCACUUGAACUAGGUGAGUGAUAGACCACCCCAAUUUUCAAUUUGGUUUCGAGAUUUUUCAGUUGGAUAACUACACACCAAACACUUUUAUCGAUAGAUUUGGUUAGUAGUAUUUUAAAAUCUAGUGCGUCACGCAAUAUUAUGAUUACCCCUCCUGUAUGUCUACUGUACGAGUCACAUCUUACAACCUGAUAUGUAGGAAACUGUAUUUAAUAGUAGUAUAUUUCCUCUGUUGUGCAAGUUUCGGAACAUAGAAUUUCUAUUAGGGCCGGUUGUUCAAUGUCUGGUUAUCACUACCACUACACUAUCGACGAUUUCGACAUCAUUCAUGUAACAUGUGAUCGACCAGAAUAUGACCAGAUCAAUGUUCACACGGUUGCUAGAACGGGUCUCUGUAUCAGCAAAGCAAUAGCUAUUGCUAUUGCUAAAAGUCACUGCACCAUCAUCGGCGUGAUGUCAACAUCACUAGCGCCACUAUUCUCAGAACACUGCAAUCAAUGGUCAUCUUAUUUAACAGCGUCAGCACAAACAAGAAAUUACAACAUAUGAGCAACGCCGGAGUUAUGCUUGGUUUUCAUUACGUCAAUUUGAUUGACAACAUAAACUGCCUUCUCUGCCAUCGUCGUCAUAUCUUGCUGAAAGCGUUUUCAUUCAGCUCCAUGAACUGACAUAAAAGCGUUUGUCAAUGAUUGUAGACAAAUCUUGGGGUCAAUCGACUGACAUACCGUUUCCACCAUAAAUGUCAAAGCAGUGUUUUUAGAAGAAGAAGAAUUAGCUGUCAAAGCAGAAAAAGUAACUGACCAAAGUGAAAAUUUCAAAGGACUGGCUACGAGCUUAAACAAUUUUUUUAUACAAUAAAUUCAAUCAAUGCAAAACAAAAAGAAAUGAACAAAAAGCGAGCUUCGAUUGCUUUUGCAUCACUUUGUUUGAUCGCGACUUUAAAAGCGUGGAAAAAAAAUAAAUGCUUGAAAAGAAAUAAAAAGCAAUGGUGGAUUCGUCCAGGGCUCAGACACAGGGCCACCAGUGGUUUCUACUCCACACUGCGUUUUAAAUUACGUCAGCAGGAUCCUCAAUGGUUUAAAAAUUUUGUGCGAAUGAGUUGUGAAGACUUUGACUACCUGGUGGAGCAUCUCACACCAUACAUUGGCAAGAGCAAUACCCGAUUCAGGAAAGCAAUUUCAGUCGGCGAAAGACUCGCCGUAACUUUACGGUAUCUGGCUACAGGAGAUAGCUUUUCAAGUUUAAUGACGGUUUUUCUUAUUGGUAAAACUACAAUAUGCCACAUAGUACAUGAAACAUGUGCUGCUAUUUUUACAGCAUUGAAAGAUAAGUUUUUAAAGGUGAGUAUUUUGAAAUUUAUUUCGAUCACUAGUGUGAAUAAGAUGGAAUAUGCAUUCAUUUAUUUACAUAGGUCCCAAAUACCCCUGGACAAUGGGCAGAAGUAGCAGAUCAAUUUGCAAAGCGUUGGAACUUUCCAAACUGUUGUGGUGCUUUGGACGUAUUGUUUUAAUGGCUUUGGUGGACGCAGAAUAUAAGUUUCUUUUUGUAGAAGUUGGAGCAUACGGCCGCGAAUCUGAUGGAGGUGUUUUCGCAAGAUGCAAGCUUUCAAGUGCUCUUGCUGACAACACUAUUUAUUUUCCUCCCCGCAGACCACUACCGAAUGAGGCAGAUCCAAUGCCAUUUGUCAUUAUUGCAGACGAUGCCUUUCCGCUGAAACCAUACAUUUUGAAACCAUUCUCUUAUCGUGAACAAGUAAUGUCGCAUAAAAUAUUUAACUACAGAUUAUCACGAGCAAGAAACGUGGUUGAAAAUGUGUUUGGCAUAUGCGCGGCACGGUUCAGGAUCCUUAGAAGGCCAAUGGAUGUUAAACCUGAGAACGCAAAGACCAUCGUUCUAGCAAUUUGUGUUAUACAUAACUUUUUAAUAUCAAGAAACUCAUCCUAUUUAACUAGAACCGACACUGACAAUGAAACAAACGGAGAAUUAGUGGCGGGUAAUUGGCGAUUAGAACUUGGACCAAACGGAAAGCUAAUUUCACUUCGUGCAAGUACCACUCUGGGUAGGCCAGCAGAUGAUGCAAUAAAUGUUCGAGCUGCUUUUAUGGAGUAUUUUAUGACACCGUAUGGAGAAGUCCCAUGGCAAUAUAAUAGAACGAUUAUUCACAACUCAUUUUAAAAGUCAGUGGCCCGUAGUCAUAGUCAAAAUAAAGUCGACUUUAAAGUUAGUUGCAGCUUUUUGACAUAAUUUUCAA